AUGUCAACAGAUGAUAUAGAGAAGCUCGUCUUUGAUCUGCAGGGCGCGUUUGCGGCGGCCUCCUCAGACGCCCGCGCCGUGGCUCCAUGUGCCGCUAUCUUGGACAAUCUCAAGGGGCGCCUAACGCAGUACCAGCUCAGUGGCGCUAGCGGCAAUGUGCGUUUCCUAUCGCUGGCGCGCGAGGCGUACGAGAUCGGCGCCCUGUUGUCGUUGCAGCUCGGCGACGUGGGCAGCUUCGACUGUUACUACUCCCUGCUUCACCCGUAUUACUUCGACUACACUGAGGUCGUCCAGCGUAGCCAGCGUACGGACGUGAUUCUGGGCCUCCGUAUGCUGCACCUGCUGACGGAGAAUCGCAUUGGUGACUUCUACAUGCUGCUGGAGCUUCUGCCCGCCGACAUUCGUGCCAGCCCGAACAUCGAGUACGUAGUGGACCUGGAGCGCAGCAUGAUGGAGGGCAAGCUGACCCGGCUGAUUGACGUAAGGCAAACGGCGCCCUCUCCGUACUACUGGUCAUUGGCGGAUAAGUUGGCCGACACCGCGCGCAGCAAGAUAGCUGCAGCGAUGGAGGUUGCAUACCCAAGCUUGGGUCUGGCUGCUGCAGCUGAGAUGCUGAAGCUGCGUGACGUUAGUGAACUGGCGUCCUUCAUAAACUACUACAAUCAGUCUAGAAUGGCAGCAGAUUCACGCGCUGCGCAGUGGCGCAUCGAGGGAGAUCGCGUUCGCUUUAUAUUCGAGGCGCCUAUGCGUGGCAGCGUGCCCUCUAAGGAGAUGCUGGCCUACUCCCUGGGCUACAUCGACGAGCUGGAGAAGAUCGUGUGA